AUUGGAAAGAAUUGAUUGUGAGUUUUACAGGAAUAACAAAUCAUUUCAGCAAGAGACACCCUUCAAAUCUCUUGAAAGUUUGACAUUUGAGAGUUUGCCUAGUUGGCGGGAGUGGCUUUUUUCUGAUGAGUUUGAUGCUUUUCCUCAGCUUAAAAAGCUUUCAAUAAGGGAGUGUUCCGUGUUAACCGGAGAUCUGCCUAAUCACCUUCUAGCUCUGGAACAACUUUCCAUUGUUGAAUGUGAACAGCUUGCAUGUUCACUGCCCAGAGUCCCCAGGCUUCAUCAAUUAGAUGUAAAGAGUGUGUAUCAUAUCAGAAUGGAGGAGCCGCUGCAUUGGGUAGUAAUUGAAGGAACCCAGCUAGUGAACUCCAUAUUGGAGUGGCUCGCGGACAACCAAUCAACUCAUCUGCAAUGCCUAGUCAUUAGGAAGUGUUCUUAAGACAUAUCACUCUCGGGAUUAUUUGUUCACUUCAUUACAAGAACUGAAAAUCUGGGAUUGUCCAAAAUUAAUAUUCUUAGAGAAACUGCAACACAAGUCACUAACGGAGAUAAAUUUGUACAAAUGUGGUUCAAUCACGUCGUUACCACUGGCGGCCCUUCCAAAUCUGAGGACACUCACAAUCGAUGCAUGUAAAAACAUUGAAUGUGUUGUGGUGCCAAUGGAUGUUGAAGAUACUCUUCCAUGUCUCCGUUAUUUAGACAUCAAAUACUGUCCCAGUUUUGUAUCCUUGUCAACUCUAGUCUUGGCUGCGCCUCACCUAGAGUCUCUGACUAUAAGCAAUUGCCCUGAAAUUGAUUCUUUUCCGGAGGGAGGCCUUCCGCCAAGCUUGACAACUCUUUGGAUUAAAAACUGCCAGAAGCUAGCAAGGUACAUAACAUCAAACGGUUUGCAAUGUCAAGGCCUUGCUUGUCUUAUCCUUUAUUCAUGGGAUGAUGUUAAGUCCUUCCCAAGAGAGGGUUGCCUUCCUGCUUCGCAUUGGUCUCUAUAUCUGGGGGAGUUUCUGACUCUGGAGACGCUAGACUGUGGGGGACUUCAACACCUCACCUCCCUCAAAGAAUUAACUAUUGAAUACUGUUUGAAGCUGGAGAAUAUCACACAAGAAAAGCUGCCUUCCUCUAUAACAGAACUCCACAUCAAAGACAGUCCUUUGAGGCGUAAGCUGUACCAGAUGAACGAUCCACGAAUUCAAUAUGAAAAUUGAAAAGAGCUACUUGUUCUGUUGCCAAAGAUUUUCAGACAGAUAAUUGUGUUUUAUUUUCCAAUUGUUGCACUUCUAAUGUUUGGCAAGAAAUUUUCAAUGUAUGUCCACACAGAAAAUUUUUCUUUUGUCAUAUCCAACUAUAGCUAUUCUUUUUG